AUGUACGGCCGCUACUGGCACCACGCCCACCGCUGCGGCCCCACCCGGUCCCGCCUCCUCUGGUUCGUCCUCGGUGCCGGCGUCGCCUCCUGGUGGCACGUCCACAAGGAGCACGCCGGCUGGUACCAAGCCCGCCACUGCGGCCGCGACCGCAUCCCCCAGCACGCCUACCCCGCCCCCGGCGCCCCGCUCCCCCCCUCCUUCUCCAUCCCCGCCGCGCCCUCCCCGGACGCCCAGAACGCGCCCACCCCAGGGACCGUCGACAAAUGGGAUCGCGAGAGGGCGCCCGAGAAGGACGUCGUGCAGCAGGCGACCGAAACCAUCACCGAGCUGUCUGAGGCGACGCUCAACAACCUCUUGGUGACCGUCGAGAGCUUGAAGGCUAAACUUGCGGAGCACCGCAUGCAGCGCGAGCAGCAGGAGCGCGAGCUCCAGGCGCUCCGCGAGGCCAAGUUCAAGCAGUUCGAGGAGUGGCAGCGCCAGCAGGAGCAGCUCCUCAAGGAGGACGUCGGGAAGGACGGGCCCCCGCGCCGCCUCGUCUGA